AUGGGAAUAUACGAGAAGGAUCCUAUCUGGGCUGAUGUGGUACCAAUAGCACAAGAUGAUGGCGAGGGCGCUUUAGCACAAAUUGCAUACACGGAUGAAUACGCAGAGGCAAUGGGAUACCUUCGCGCUGUAAUGGCAAGCAAAGAAUACUCACCUCGCGUUCUCGAACUUACUGAACACAUCAUUACCCUUAACGCAGCUCAUUAUACAGUCUGGCUCUACCGCGCCACAACUCUCUUUGCACUGUCUUCCUCUGUCGCCGACGAACUCGCAUUUGUAAACCAAAUUGCGCUGGAAAAUCAGAAAAAUUAUCAAAUUUGGCACCAUCGACAACUUCUCAUCGAUCACCUCUACCCCUCAAUUUCAUCCUCUCCUUCGUCGCUCAACGUGCUUGCAGAUUCGGAGCGAGAUUUCUUAACACAAAUGUUUGACGAAGAUGCAAAAAAUUAUCAUGUUUGGAGUUAUAGACAAUAUUUGGUAUUGAAACUGGAUAUGUUUAACGAGGUGGAACUAAAGAGUGUAGAGGAUCUAAUAAAGAGAGAUGUACGCAAUAAUAGUGCUUGGUCAUAUCGAUUUUUCCUAGUUUUCUCGGACCCCAAAUACUCGACCAAGGGAUUGAAAGCGAAUGAGUUUGAUGGCAAGAUCCCAAAGGAGAUAGUGGAUAGAGAAAUUGAAUAUGCGAAAUCGGCGACAUAUGAAGCACCGCAGAAUCAGAGUUCUUGGAACUAUUUGAGGGGGGUUUUGAGAAAAGGGGGUGUGAAGAGUGAGAGCUUGGAGGAGUUUGCGGGGGAUUUUGUUAAGCUUGGAGAUGCAGACGGAAAGCGGGAAGAUAUAAGGAGUAGUCAUGCAUUGGACUUUCUGGCGGAUGUCUGGGCAGAGAAGGGAGAAUGGGAGAAGGCCGACAAAGCGCUCGAAUUACUGGGUGAUAAGUAUGAUAAGAUUCGAAAGAAUUAUUGGGAUUGGAGGAGAAAUUCAUUCAAGGAGAUGAAGGGAUAGACUGAGUAUAGGACGAGACAAAUGACUGGUUAUGGAACGGCGUUGGGGCGGAGAGCGUGAGCGUAUGUCUGCCUCGUUUUCGCUUGUGUUGUUGUUUGAGAUGAGCAUAUACCAAGUUGCUCCCUUCUGUUGAAUGAAGCUUGCAUGAACGUACAAUUGUCUUGUGGUGAAUACAUCACCUUCUGAUGAUCAUUCCGAAAUUCCAUCACACGACGUGAGCGAUUCAUUCACCGUGCCACAUGCCAAUAGUGACAUUUCUGUGACCCCUCCAAACAAAAUCAUCGUGUUCCUUUCCACAUUCCUGACUCGUCCGUAACAUCACCGCAGGCGAUAAAAAGAUAAAGUCAAAUUUCCAAACCCAUGGAUAGUCGGUUCCACUACCUAGAAAACCUCACUCCCAAUCACCCAAACAUGUCAAAACCCUUCGUUCGUCACAUACAUCAUCAAUAUAAAAUAUCAGAUCACCAAACCAAAAGGGACAAUAG